AUGAACACCAACAACGGCACCACGACGUACCAUGUCGCGACGCAUACCCAAGAGGAGUCUCUUUGGGACUACUUGACUUUCAAAAAUAUUGUAGUCACAGUUAUCCUGUUUACUCUCAUAAUUCCAAAGGUUUUGCAGUUGAUCCAGAGGGUGUUUUCGCCCCUCCAAAAGGUCCCUGGUUCUUUUGUACACAAGAUAACAUCAUGGCCACUGAAAAUAUCUAUCACCAAAGGUGAAAGCCACCACUUUACCGUCAACCGGCAUAAAAAAUACGGCCCCGUCGCCGUUCUCGCUCCGGGUAUGAUCUCAGUUUCUGAUGCCCAUGAAAUCAAACGCAUUAUUCAAACGGAGGACUGGCCCAAGUCCGAAGCCGUGUAUGGCAACUUCCGCCAGGAUCCCGACCGCCCAACUCUCAUCGCUUACACCGACAAAAAGGCGUACUCACAACGCAAGCGCCUAAUCUCGUCCAUGUUCGGUCUCCGCUAUAUUCGCAGCAUGCAGCCAUCUAUGUUGGACUGCAUCACGGUACUAGUCAAGCAGUUGGAAGCUCGAUGCCAAAGCGCCGGUGACGGCAUAGUGAAAGUCGACAUGCAGCAUCUCAUCCAAAGCUUGGCAGUCGACAUCAUCGGCAUCACCACCUUUGGCCAGAGUUUUAAUGUUGUCGAUAAUGGGUCUCACCCCUUACCGGAUCGACUCAAGCAGGGUCUCAAGCUCUCUGGUCUCCUACAAUUCAUGCCCUGGAUCCGCAGCAUCCCUUUUCUCCCCACACGCGACCCGUACGUGAACAGUUUUACAGCUGGUGUUGUCGAUAACCGACGGUCGCUACUUAAAGGAGAGGGAAAAGCACCCCAAGACCUGCUCCAGAAGCUUGUCGAGGCGUCGGACAAUGAGAUCGCGUCGGAAUUCCGCCUUUCGGAUGUCCAGGACGAAUCUGUGAUCUUACUAGCAGCAGGCAGUGAAACCACUGCAAAUGCGGAGCUCUUCACCCUCAUGAUGCUAAUAAGGAACCCCGACAAAAUGGCCAAACUGUACAACGAGAUUGACUCCUGGUAUCCCGCCAAUGAUAGCCGCCCUACCGACUGCGAAUACAGCUUUACAGGCAUGACAUAUCUGCAGGCGUGCAUUGACGAGGCGAUGCGUCUUGUGCCAGCUCAGGCAACAGGAAGUCCACGUCAGUGUCCCACUGAUCAAACCAUCCUCGGAUACCGGAUCCCUAAGGGGACGACUGUUUUCCCUGUUACACAGCAGGUGCAGUUGGAUGAGACGUGGUGGCCGAAUGCUACCGAGUAUCUGCCUGAGCGAUGGCUCAAAACAAAUGAAGAGGAGAAGCCGUACUGGCCGUUCUCAGCGGGGAGUCGUGUGUGCAUUGGCAAGCAUUUUGCUUUGCAAGAGAUGCAUUUGACGCUUGUGUCGCUUCUGAGGAGGUUCAAGUUUGCGUAUAUUCCGGGGCAGGAUGAGUCGACUCAUUUUAGAAUUGCACAACAGAUGAAGGCGCCGCAGUACAUGAUGAAGGUGGAGAAGAGGUGA